AUGGCCGACGCUCCUCCUCCGUCCUACACUGACAGCACUUCUGCGAUAAGGUCAUUCGAAGAUCCAUACAGCGCGUAUAGUCCCGAGUCGGUGGGCUACACGGCUCCUGCUACCCAGGCUGCUGUAGAAACAGCAGCUGGCGACGAUUCUUAUGCAUUCCUCUCUCAAUUCGAUACCAUCUUUUUAAUUGACGACAGUGGCAGCAUGGCCGGUCGAUCGUGGAGAGAGACCGCGGCUGCGAUCCGCAGCAUUGCACCCAUAUGCACUGCGCGCGACAAGGACGGAAUUGAUAUCCAUUUUCUCAAUGCCCCAGAUUGUAGCGAGUACUGGGGUGUCAAGACUCCUGGUCAAGUCGAAGCUAUAUUCUCAUCGGUGAGACCGUAUGGUGGUACGCCGACUGGCACGCGCCUGCACCAGAUUCUAAAGCCAUAUUUACAAAAUUACGAGGCUCGACCAAACUCGAUGCAGCCGCUAAAUAUUAUUGUCAUCACCGACGGUGUGCCCAGCGAUGAUGUAGAGAGUGUCUUGGUCAAUGUAGCGAAAAAGCUGGACCGGCUGGAUGCUCCUGCUUGGCAGGUGGGAGUACAGUUUUUCCAAGUCGGCCAAGAACCUGGCGCUGCGGAGGCACUUAGAGAACUUGAUGAUGGACUGGCAGAGUUGGGCGGCGUCAGAGAUAUGGUUGAUACAGUGCCCUGGGCCGGCGUUUCUAGUGGAAAUUAUAGCGACUUAAACGCAGAUGCGAUCUUGAAGGUCGUGCUUGGUGCGGUGAAUCGGAGAUUAGAUCGUAAAGUCUUGAGAUCCGGGAGGUUGCAAAGAUAA